AAGUAAAGACGAUGACUACCACACACACAUAUAUCCCAUUAUUAUUAUUAUACGCACACAUAUAUAUACACACUCAUAUCUUUUGUCUCCCUCCGUUUCGAUUCCCGUGUCCACCAAGCAUCCAUUGAUCUAAGCUUUCUUAACCCACGGGCAACCAACUCAACUCCCCCACACUUCCUUCAUCUUCAAUCCCCAUUUCAAUGGCUUCUUUUUAACCUAAUUUCACCCCCUUUUCAUCACCCACAACUUCAAUCUCUGUUGCAGAUCGAAAAUCAACCAACAUGGGUCAAGAAAUCAUCGCCGUAGCUACUCCGGCAACCGCCGCAGCCCCACCACCUCCGCCGCCGACGUCCCUAGCACCUGGGUUCCGCUUUCACCCCACCGAUGAAGAACUUGUGAUGUACUAUUUGCGACGGAAAGCUUGUGGGAAACCGUUUAGGUUUCAGGCUGUUACGGAAAUCGAUGUUUAUAAAUCAGAACCCUGGGAACUCGCCGACUUUUCAUCAUUGAAGACAAGAGAUCAAGAAUGGUACUUUUUUAGCCCGGUAGAUAGGAAAUACGGAAACGGUUCACGGUUGAACCGAGCCACUGGUCAGGGCUAUUGGAAGGCAACCGGAAAGGACCGAUGCGUGCGCCAUAAGUCAGAAACCAUUGGGAUGAAGAAAACACUCGUGUUCCAUAGCGGGCGAGCGCCUGAUGGGAAACGAACGAAUUGGGUCAUGCAUGAAUACCGGCUUUUGGAUCAUGAAUUGCUACGUGUUGGAGUAACACAGGAUUCGUUUGUGCUAUGCAGGAUUUUCCAAAAGAGCGGGUUAGGGCCACCUAACGGGGACCGUUAUGCACCUUUUCUUGAGGAAGAGUGGAAUGAUGAUGCAGCACUUAUGGUUCCUGGUGGUGAAGCUGAAGAUGAUUUGACCAAUGGUGAUGAGACUCGACCCGAAGGCAAUGAUAGUGUGCAGGAAGCCAUUCCGUUUGUUUGCAAACGUGAACGAUCUGAAGACCGUGCUUUAAAUAGCGAACCCGAGCUUGAAACCUUCUCUUUGUUCCAUAACAAAAGAGCAAAGCCAAGUGACCCGAACUCGAGCAACAAUGCAAAUGGUUCAGAAGACUCGACCACCACAAGUCAAGAUCCAAGAAGAGCGCUGUUGGAGUUCCCGUUACUAGAAUCGAUCGAAGCCAAAGAAUGUCACCCACCAACCACACUGCCAUCUUUUGACGCUGCAACCCUUGAGAAAUCAGUGCCCCCGGGCUAUUUAAAGUUUAUAAGUAAUUUGGAGAACGAAAUUCUUAACGUUUCAAUGGAGAAAGAGACCUUGAAGAUCGAAGUGAUGCGGGCCCAGGCCAUGAUCGAGAUUCUACAGUCACGGAUUGAGGAUUUGACCAAGGAGAAUGGUGGGUUCAGGACUGGUGGUUAGGUAGGUGCGCGGUUUCGUGUAAUGUGUAGCGUUUACCCAGUUGUGUAGUUGGUUAUCGCGUCUAGCCUAAUAAAGUUGUGUCGAGACUGGUUCUGUAGUGUUCGGCUUUUCUUUUUAAUUAAUGUUUUGGACCUUAAGAUGGUUUCGAGUAGGAAUGUUGUUGCUGGGAUUGUGCUAUUAGUAUCAUUUGUCGAUGCCUGCAACGUG